AUGUACAAUAACAAUAACGGAUACUCCCAGCAACAGGGCGGCUAUCAGCAGGAUAGUCGACAGGGUCUGGCAAACGAAUAUUACUCCCAGGACCAGCAGCAGCGUGGCGGAAACCAACAAGGCUACAACCAGCCCCCACCACAAUACCAGCAGCAUAACUCCCAGUACGGGCAGCAACCGCAACACCAUGGCGGCUACAACUCGCCCCCACCGAACGAAUCCUACGGCCAGGGCGAUAACCGAGACCAAGGUUAUGGCGGAAAUCAAAACUACGACAACCAAGGUUAUGGAAACCAAAACAACUUCAACGAUGGCCAGGAAGGCGAGCGUGGUUUCCUAGGUGCUGCCGCCGGCGCCGCGGCAGGUGGCUACGGCGCAUACAAACUCGCCGGGCCUGCGACAGGACACAGCAAGACUUCAGGACUUGUCGGUGCCCUCGGCGGAGCGCUGACCGGACACGUGCUGCAAGACGGCGCGUCCCACUGGAAAGACAAGCACGACGAAAAGAAGGAGAAGGAGAAGUGGGAAAAGGAAGAGAAGAAGCACCACGACCGCCGCGACAGCAACGAUCGGCCUCGCGAGGGCCACUUCGCUGGCGGGUUCACGCGCUCUUCCAGGGACGUGCGUCUCGAUGCGCACGGCGAGUUUAAUCUGCAUGCUCAGUGCCGCCGUGAGGAUGGGUCGUACCAGGGUAGCACGCUUUCUCUGAACCGCAUCUUGGAAAACGACAACGGUAGCUUCCGUUGGUCGUCGGGGAGUCACUCUUCUGGUGGCUCGCAGUCGAUUACCGUGCAGUCGGGCGAUACGCUGCGUGCCAUUGCGGCGCGGCACAACUGCGAUUUCCACGAGCUUUCGCGGCACAAUGGCAUCCAGAACGAGGAUAUGAUCUACCCCGGUCAGAGGCUGGAAGUGCCUGGUGGUGGGGGCAGCUCUGGGGGUGGAGCCAACUUUGGGGCUUCGGCACGCGAUGUGAGGUUGGUGGAGGGCGGAUCGGUGCUGGAGGCUGAGCUGAGGAGGAAUGGGGACUGGGUCAGGAGCUCUAUUGUGUUGGACGAGAGGAUAGGCAACAAGAAUGGGUGCCUUGAGCUUGUGUAG